CACACUCGGCUACCAGGUGCACGGAGCCCCCGUCCCCGUCUCCUGCCCCACUGAACAUUCAUCAAUUCGAACACGAUUCCUGUCCUUGCAUACAUAAAGUAACCCCUUUCUGAUUCUUUGCUGCUGGCGGCGGGCGGCAUCCGUUUCAUGCAUGAGUGGAGGAAGAUUUGAUUUCGACGAUGGAGGGGCGUACUGUGGAGGAUGGGAAGGCGGCAAGGCGCACGGCCACGGCAUCUGCACCGGCCCCAAGGGCCAGGGCGAGUACUCGGGCUCCUGGAACUACGGCUUCGAGGUGGUCGGCGUCUACACCUGGCCCAGCGGCAACACCUACGAGGGUUACUGGUCUCAGGGCAAAAGGCACGGCCUGGGCUUGGAGACGAAGGGGCGCUGGGUGUACAAAGGCGAGUGGACGCACGGCUUCAAGGGCAGGUACGGGGUCAGGCAGAGCCAGGCGAGCGGCGCCAGGUACGAGGGCACCUGGAACAACGGCCUCCAGGACGGCUACGGUACCGAGAAGUACGCGGAUGGAGGUACAUACCAGGGCCAGUUCACAGGAGGGAUGCGCCAUGGCUAUGGAGUGCGCCAGAGUGUUCCGUAUGGGAUGGCCACCAUGAUCCGUUCGCCUUUGCGGACCUCGCUCACCUCGCUGCGCAGCGAGCACAGCAACGGCGCGGUGCUGCAACACGAGCCUCCCGCCGACUCACUGGCGGUGGCCACACCCGCCGCCGCCGCCACCCUGGGGCCGAGCCGCGGCGGCUUCGCGCUCAGCCUGCACAGCGCCGGCGACGCCGAGCAGAAGCCCAAGAGGAAGGGACUGUUCCGAAGGGCCUCGCUGCUCGGCAAGCUGAGGAAGAGCGAGUCCAAGAGCUCCCUGGCCAGCCAGAGGAGUAAGCUGAGCUUCUUGAAGAGCGACGCCGGCCUCAGCUCCGCCGCCAGCGACGCCAACUCCACCGUAAGCCUGGGCGAGGGCGGCGCCGACGACUUCCCGCCCAUCGAGGCCGACAUCGACGCCACGACCACCGAGAGCUACAUGGGCGAGUGGAAGAGCGACAAGCGCUCGGGUUACGGCGUCAGCGAGCGGUCCAGCGGCCUCAAGUACGAGGGCGAGUGGCACGACAACCUGCGACAUGGCUACGGCUGCACCACCUUCCCGGACGGCCGCAAGGAGGAGGGCAAGUAUAAGAACAAUGUGCUGGUCAAGGGCAAGAAGAAGCACCUCAUCCCCCUGAGGACCAACAAGCUGCGGGAAAAGGUGGAAAGGAGUAUGGAAGGAGCGCAGAGGGCAGCGGCCAUAGCCAGGCAGAAGUCAGAGAUUGCAUUGUCCAGGUCUUCACAUGCUAAAACAAAGGCUGAAGCAGCAGAUCAGGCUUCCCAUGCUGCAAGCAAUGAAUCCAGUAUUGCAAGGGCAAUCGCCAGGGAGCUAUCUCCAACUUUUUACCAACCAGGUCCAGAAUAUCAAAAGAGAAAACUGCUGCAAGAAUUGGUAGAGAAUGGGGAUAAUGUGGAAAAUACUGACCAAGAACCCCCAUCAAUAGAAGAGCCUUCACCUACCCCACCAGAGAGUCCUGGAAUCCAUGAGAAAGCCACAACUCCACUUGAGUCAUCUCCUGCUGUCACUCCUUCACCAAGCCCCGUGGAGACGCCACCAGAAGUCCGAAAGGUUAGAGAAUCAAAUCUCAAGAUGGAGAACUCCAGCUACUUGAGUCCAGGCACUUGGAAUGGGGAGCAAAAUAAAAGCAGGAGCCUCACAAGUAGCCGAUCCAACAGUCAUCCUGGAGCACCUUCUGAUUUAUUGACAGUGCAGAUUGAGAACAGAUCAACUGCCAGCAGCCGGAAUCUAUCGAGGAGUUCUAGCCAUCAAAGUAACAGAAGGACACCAAUUAAAAUGGAGGAACAGCUGCAAAACAGCUGUGAUUUGGACAUAAAACCCUUGGAAAGGAUUGAAAGUAAACCUAGCACAACUCAAAAGAAUAAACCAAGAGAACCCAUCCCACCUAGUCGUAAGACUGAUGCACAGUUCCAUGAAAGUUAUCACAGUUAUGCUGUACGGCCGCAAGUAGGUCCCCCUCCAUUGGAUUUAUUGGAUGAUGAAGUUCCCAUCCCAUCAUUGUCCUUCAAGAAAGAAGUAAUCCCAGAAAAACCCUCAGUACUAGAACCAAAAUCAGAGGUCAAAAUGAAAAAAGCAGUACCGGAAUUGGAACCAAAGCCAAAACCUCGGGUGCAAGAAGCUGCACCACGUCCCAAACAGGAGAAACAGCUACAUGCUCAGCCAGAAUCCAGACCUCAGCCCAAGCCAGAACCCAAACCUGCACCAAAACCAGUGUCAAAACCAGUACCUAAAUUAGAAAAGCAAUCUGAAAUGGAAGGGAAGGAGGUAGAACCAUUUGAUCAGGGACCUAAUACCGUUAUGAUUGCCAUGGUCAUUUUACUGAACAUUGGCUUGGCCAUCUUGUUUGUGCAUUUCCUCACAUGAUUUGUUUCUGAGAAGCCUGUGUGUUCCGUCUGUUGUUGAGAAUAAGGAAGAUGAAUUUUGGAAGAUUGUACAUCCUGCAAGACUUGACACUGGAGACACUGCAGAAACUGAUUACAGUGGCCCUUCUUGAAGGAUCCCCUGAUCUGUUUUCCAUCACCAGUUUGUGCCCUACAGUUUUGCAAAUGAGAUACAUUGGGAGACGUACAUCUGAGCUGAAUUUAUUUGUAGAAACUAACAGCUGCCUUACUUUUGCCUGUGUUUAUAUUAUACAGUACUAGCUGCCAAGGAUUGUGCUCGAAAGCUUGAAUUAUUCUAUUGUACAAAGGAAGUUGGGGACUCGGGUGGGGGGGGAAGAGAGAGAAAAACAGAUUCUUAUGGUUCUAUUUCAUAAACAAAAAGUUGAGUUAGUUCAGGGAGAUCUUGCUCAUGUAUUUUUGUAGCUUGAUGACUUUUUGGUUAAAAUGAGUAAAGAAAAAUGAUUUUCAAUAUGGAUAUAACUAUACAUAUUUAACAUACUUAACUGAAAGAUCUAGGGCUAUAUUUUCCUCUGUUCACUAUUUCUGGUUUUAAAAAAAAGUUAAUUGGUGUUCCCUAGUUUAGACUCCUCUUUUACUACUUAAAAAGACCUUCAGAUGAAAGCACUCCCUUUAGAGAGCGACUUUUGGAAAAGGAAACGUGGAUGCCAUGCACUGCAUUCAUAGGGCUUUUUAUAUGUCAUGAAGGGAAAUGUUGGUCUACUGUGAAUUUUUAAUUAAUUUUUCUCACUUUAUUACUAUUCUAAUCAGAUGAGUAAGAGAACAGUGAUUCAUGUUUGUUGCAUGUUUUAACAAUGUGCUGUUUAUAAAUCACAUUUUUAAACUAAUUAUACUGUCCUGCCAUAAACAGCAUGCAUUUUUGAAUAACACUGUAAUCAUCUAAAGAGAAUGCACAGAUUUGCUCUUAACAUCAUUUUGCUUUCAGAUUUAAAUUGAUUAAAAACUCAUGGAAGACCAAAACUACUUUGCAACAAAAUUUAACACUUCAUAUUUUGAAUGCCAUGUUAGUUAGAAAUUGUGUACCUACAGUUUGUAACCAUAUAUUUUUGAGAAGAUUUUUUGGCACUUUGAGAAGUUGUAUAUCAUUAAGGUACAAAUCACAGACAUUUAAAAAAAAAAUGCCUAACAGUAUUUCUGCCAGUAUAUUCAAAGUGGGAAAAGUCAGAUUAAACCAGAAAUUUCACACAGUACUUGCUAAUUAAUUGCUUGCAGAUUAGUAUUUUUCUUCUUUUUGCUAAAAUACAAAAUGUUACGAGCUGUCUUUCUUCCUUUUCUCUGCAUGUGCGCACUUUGUAGAAUGUUAGCAUAGAUGGUUUUAAGCCUUGUUUCACAUGUAACAAGGUAUAUAUGCUUUUGUGUGGAUAUACAUUCAGGACUGUUUUUUGCUUUGUAAGAUUUAUAUAUAAAAAGUAUAAAAUUACCUCAGAGACGCAUGCUUCUCCAAAAUUUUGAUUGAAAUGCUUAUUUGGUAUUUUCAGGUCUUACUACAAUUUGAAUAAUUUCACCAGCCACGUUGAACAUUUAUCUUCCAAAUAUUUAUUCAUUUCUAUAAAUGUUAUUAAAUACUGUCUUGUUAGGUAUUUCUACAUGAAGAACUUUGUGGAAUGUGCUCAUAUAAAUCAGAAUGUAUUUAUAAUUUACGGCUUAUAAUGGUUUAGAAAAUUUCCUUCAUGAGUUGAGUAUCCAAGAUAUCCUAUAGUAUUAUUCUUGUGAGGCUGUAUUCUUUCACUGCCAUAUGAUGUGAUGUGAUAAUUAAUUGAAGUGAAAUGAGUUGAAAGUAAUGUAAUUGAUCCACAAGGCAUUUAUUGCUUUGAUAUUAUAAACCAAGAAAGAAUUAGUGCCUUAAACAGCAGAUAUUUCCUAUCACAAAAUACUUCUGACAUUGAAUUUUCAUUUAAAAUGACCAUUUUAAAUCAGCAGUGCUUCUGAAUUUAAAAGCUCUAUUUUGAAUGAAAUGUCUUAUAAUCUUAUGACAUUUAGUUCUAGAUCCAGCUGAUCUUGUUACAAAUUGUACUAUCUGAGAAAGGUUAUAAAUUACAAUGAUCUCCUAGAACUUGUCAUUCUCCAAAGCUCUGCUUUGUAUGGUUCUUUUUAGAAUGUUUCUUUUGACAAGUUAAAAUAGGAAGGUUGAUUUGAAAUUCUUUUGGACAUUGACAGGUUGUCCAUCCCAACCCAUCCCUUCCUUCUCUUUCCACCAUAUCCUCAUCUUUUUCUUUACCUUGUUAGUGACUUUGAUUUCAGCCAUUAUAAUUUAAAGUCGGCUAUCUUCUUGACUGUUUUAUAACUGAGGAACUUGCAAAAAGAUGUGACUGAUAUUAACUAACUGAACUUUGCAUUAACAAAGAGAUGAUGAGGACAUUAGACUUAUGGCCUGCGUAGCACAGAUUUGCUGACUACAGCUUUUAACAAUGGCCUUUAAAAACACCAAAGCACCUGUCAAUUUCAGGUGAUGAACUUCCAUUAUGCAAAUCAAAAUUUUAUAAUAUGGUUAGGUAUCCAAUUGCAGAUUUAGGAGAUGUGUGAGGGAAUCAUUCACUGUCUACAGUUCAGUCAUCGGGCUGUUUAAUCUGGGGCAGCAUAAGGAGAUCACUGGCUGAGGCAGUGGGUCUAAAGAUUUUUCCAAGUCACAUUUUUGUGUGCCAGGAGGAGUGAAUGGUGCUGUUCACUGGUCUGUUGCUGCCCUGGACUCAUCUCCUACUCACCCCACUUGCCACUUCCUGUACACACGAACAGCAUCAAACCCCUGAAUCUUUUCUGUUUCCAGGCCUCAAGAAUGCCUCUGGCCUCCACCAAGCAAGAACAGGGUUAUGGUGGGUGGAGGUGGUUGUUGUAUAUUCUGCUGGAAACUUGGAGUUGUUUUCUUGUCCAGAAGUGUUUAAUUAAUGCAAAGAUUAUACCCAACUUGUACCUGCAUUUUAAAGCCAACUUUCUUAAUCCAUAGCAACUGAUUAUUCCACACCAUCCAAAAUUGAAAGUUACUUUUGUAAUUGUUGCACAGGGUCAAGUUGUGGAGAUCUUUGCCAAACCAUCCUAUAAAUGUUGCAGUGGUUGAUGUGUUUCGGUCUUUUCUAUGUAUGGAAUCUAAAUUUGAAAUUAUUUUUAAAUUUGCACUUGAAUGUAUAAUAUGUUUUGGGAGGGAAAAUAUUUUUUCAAAGACCAGUUAUACCUUUGAUGUUAAGUAAUGUGCAGAAGUAAAAGCUAACACAAACUUAUAAAAAAUUUAAAAAAUAACAAUUUUAAACCAUAACUCUAUCUCCAUGAAAAUAUCAAAGUAGUUUUGUUGAGAUAUUCAAGAAAAUAUACAAUCGCUUCUCUUUUGUGGGACCCACAAUGAAUUGCAGUAAUAUUUGAAAUGAUUCUGAUUGAAUACGUAAAUUAUUUUGGCAGGUUAACCAAAUUUUUUCUGACUUUGAACUGGUAAGUGAAUUUAAGAGAUAAUGGGCCAUAUUCAUUGGUUGCUUGUCAUCUGCCCUUGGACAAUAGGUUGUAAAUUUUUUGUAAAGCAAGUUACUGAAAGUGUGAGCUGAUAACAGUACAAUGUGAGAAACCAAGCAUCUAGGACCCAAAUGAAAAGGGUAAGAAACUGUGUCCUUAACAAACCUGUUUGAUGGUUUAUGAAGUGAACAUUUCAUGAAGAUUGAGAAGGAAAUGCAUGUCAGAAGGAGUGAAUUCAAUGUCAGCCAAGGUUCAGAAAGAGAAAUAUAGAGAGGAAAAGGAAGAUUUGAUUAUGAGCAAAUGAAAAAAAAUAAAGAGAAAUUUACCACUUCUAAAAUCUCCAACAAUUGAAAUCCUGAAUGAAGGAGAUUCCUUAUUGUAAUGCUUAAUUUUAGUACCAGACAAGUAAUUACAUUUAUCAUGCUAGUAUAAGGGUGCUUGGACUGAAGUGGGCAAGAUUUAAUUUUUUGUGGCGAGUUUAAUUCUUAUCUACUGUGGAAAUACAGGAAAUGUAUGCCAUUCAAUUUCAGUGGUUAACCAGGCUGCAAGAUGCAAACCUGAUGCAUGCAAGUGGAAGCCUGUUCCAUAUAAUAAAAUUGAUCACUUUUAUUGUAGGAAAAUAUGUCCAUUUCAUCAACUCAGCCAGAUUAGAACACAGAACUAAACAAUUGUAAACUUCAAUUCUGACAUACUGGAUUUAUUGUCACCAAUAUUUGUCACAUAUAAAAAAAUAACGAGAAGCACUGUAUGAUAAAAGAUAAUCUAAAUUCCAAAUAGUUAAAUCAUACUUUUGGCAAAAUGACUUCAUGUUUUUGAUUUUGAAAGCAAUCAGUACAGUUGAUUUUGAAUAUAAUAUUAAUUUGUGGUACUAUUUUAUGCAAGUUUCAAUGUAUUUCAUGACUCUUGAAAUUCCAAUUACUUGAUAUUCAGUAGUUUUCUGGAUUGGUGCUGAGGCCUGGAGAGGAAUUUAAAUUUACUUUUGGAGCAGCAUGUUAUGCACACACAAACAUGCACUCCUAUGCAUGUAUCCUUAAUGUGAUUAAUGAUUGUGUGGAGCAGGACAACUCAACUCUGCCAAAAAAUGCUGCAUUAUUUUAAAUGUAACAUUGUUUACAAUAGAAUACAACAGCCGUUAAGAUGCUUUUAUAAUCCAAAGGCAUGACUCAAAUUAAAUCUUGCUUCCUCCACUUAGUUACUAUUACAGUAUAUGAAUCAAAAUGGCACUUGGUUUGCAUUCCACUGAUACUUGAACUUGAUAUCAGCUUUAAUUGUGUUUUAAGCCCAUUUUUUCACUCUUCCAGGACAAGGUUUUUGUCACUUGUACAGGAACCAUGAGAGACUUUCAGUGCGACAAGUCUGUUGUAGGGACGUAACAAUUAAGAUACAGAAGCAGAUUCAUGCUCUGCCACUCAGUAAGAGCAAGGCUGAUCUUUUACCUCACUGUCACUUUCCUGCACCAACUCCAAGGCCCUUUGCUUCCCCUAAUAUCCAAAAUUUUAUCAGUCUCUAUCUUGACAAUACCCAGCAUCUGGACUACCAUGACCCUUUGGGAGAAUUCCAAAAGUUCAUUAUGCUCUGUGUGAAGAAGUUUCUUCUCAUCUCUGAAUGGCUAAUACCUAAUUUUUGGGACUAUGAUCCCUACAUCUAUCCUGUCAAGCCAGUAAUAGUUUUGUAUAUUUCAAAUGAGUUCAUCUCUCACCUUAUUUACUCGGCCAAUAUCUGUAGUGACAUGGAUUACAACUUGUGGAAAUUUAUGGCUACUAAACAUAGAUUUAACAUUAAUACUGUUUUGCCUCUGACUGUUUGAACUUGUGUUCCUUGUAUUUCUUGAAGAAUAGCAAGAGUUACAGGAAUUUUGAGUUUCUUUAUUUCAACUGUUGCUUACAGUAGCAUAAGUAUUGGUAUUUAAUAGAAUUUGCAAUACAAGGUCCUAACAGCAAUUAACUUUAUAAUAUUGGGUUUUCUCCCAAAUGCAGCAAUAGUGAAGUUCUUAAUAAAUGUAACCUACAACUUUAUCAGGACUUGCAAUUCAAAAACUAAAUCAUGGUUAGGGUCAGAACAGACUGGAUAGAUUUUCUUUUGGUUUAAUAGAAAUUUGGAACCAAUUGAGUUUUUGUUUUGCUGCAUCUCUGAAAUGAAAAGCUUAGUGUUAUUACUUCAGAUUUGGGUCAGAUUGGAUUGAUAACUAUAUGCUCAUUGUUAAUGUUUUUAAAUUUUUUGAAACCUAAUGAGCUAUGUGAUUUUUACAAGAUUUGCAUUACAUUGUGUAGGACCGAAGAAAGUGAUAGAGCAAUUUCAAACUAUUUUUAUUAUUGCAAUUGAUAGGGUUUAGUUGAAUAAGAUUUUAAUCAGUCUGACAAAGAGGUCAUUGAAAAUGAUGGAAAAAAUAAGAGAUUGCACCUCAAGUUUUUCCUACAAAGAAAUGAAGCUGGUGAAUAGCCCAAAUAAUUUAUAUUCUUGGUAACUUCACAUCUCAAACAUAUUAACUAAUGUACAGUAAGUAUUUUAAACAAAUUAAAGUUUUGAAUGUUGUAUUACCCUCUGUUUCAUCAUAUUGCAUUGCCAAAUCUUCCAAGUGAAAAAAAUGCCUCAAGUUCCCACAGGCAAAGAAUUUGGUAUGAGCACUAUAAACACUGUACAAAACUAAAACCUUGUUAGUUUAUUUUAUGGAGAUAUUAAUGUUUUCUUAUUUCUUAAUCAUACAGA